GGCUCAAACAGAUAAACCCCUCAUAAACCCUUCUCCAAGAUUCAAGAAUUCAACAUUACAAGAACGAGGCCGAACACCGGUCAACGAGGAGUUGAAUUGCACAGUGAAAAAGCUUGAAACACCAGCUGCAUAUUGAACCCUAUUUUCUGGUUCUGAAAUGAAUCCCGAGAAUUCAGACAGGGAUAAAGAAAAGGGCAAGAGGCAUAAAGUGGAUAAGACUUUGGCUAAAUGGGAGAAGAGGAAUGAGAAUUUUGGUUUUGCUAAAGAUGGAUUGGUGAAUGGAAUGCGUAGGUCGUCUAGGAAGGGUUGUAUGAAAGGAAAAGGAGGGCCUGAGAAUUUAAAUUACAGUUAUAGAGGUGUUAGGCAGAGGAUUUGGGGAAAGUGGGUUUCUGAAAUUCGAGUGCCGAGUAGUGAUACACAUGGUUUGGCGUCGAAUAAGGUUAGUCGUCUGUGGCUUGGUACUUACAAUACUGCUGAUGAAGCUGCACUUGCUUAUGAUAAAGCUGCAAAGGCCAUGUAUGGUCCUGUGGCUAGGCUUAAUUUUCCCGAAUCUUUGGAGACAUCCAUGUUGGAUGAGCCUGCAGAAUCGCGCGAUAAUGCGUCUGAAUUUAUGGAUAGUGCGGGUGUGGAGCCAAAGCAGGAAGAUGAGGUACUUGAUAUAACUGUAAAAGAGCCUGUUAAUAAAUGGCAUUGGGAAGGUAAUAGUACUGUUAAAUGUGAAUUACAAAUGGAGGAUGAGCUUGUUAAUAAUGUUGUAGAAGCUGUGGAUAUCAACAAUGUAAGGGAGUCUGUAGAGGAAUGUCAUUCAGACCCCAAGUAUGUGAAACAUGAAUUGGUAACUGAGGACAAGUUUGCUAAAGAUGACGUAGAAAUUCAAGCACUGGCUGUCGAAAAUGUAAGGGAGUCUGAAGAUGUAUGGCCUUGGGAACCUAAUUAUGUGAAAUGUGAAUCUGAAAAUGAGGACCAGCUUGUUGCAAAUGAUGUUGAAGUUGGAGCAGUCACUUCAAAGAAUGUAAGGGAGAAUGAAAAUGUGUGGCAUUGGGAACCUAAGUAUGUAGACUGUGAUUUGGAAAUUCAGGACGAGCUUCUUCGAAGUAAUGUUGAUGUUAAAAGACUUGAUAUGAACAAUGUAGAAGAGGAGAAAUUUCAAGAUGAGGGUUACAUUGGAAGCUCCAACCACAGACAUAAUAUUCAGUUGGAUAGUUAUCUUCAGAUUGGAAAGUUUGAUGCAUUCCGUGAUGAGAAGCCUUAUACUAAUUUGGACUUUCCGAAGCUUCUUUCAAGGUACAGUGAUGAUCACCCAAGUGCUGAGCUUCCAAAUGUGAAAUGCAAUCCCAAAAAUGAUUGCAACCCUUCAAAUGAUGUUAUAGUUGACACACCAGUAUUGAGCAAACUGGAGGAGAAGGAAUUUGCUGUGAAUCCUGUGAUUCUGGAAUCUGGAGACAACAAUCUGCAUAAUGUACCAAUAAAUGCCGCUAGCAACAAUCUGAUAGCUAAUUUGGGUGAAUAUGAAAAGAUUGUACUGCCUCCUAAUGAAUUUCAGGGUAAUAUUGCAGAAACUAUGAAACCAAAUAGCCAUAAUGGCUUUGGUGGUAACAAUACUUGCUUGCAGGAACAUGAUGAACAGAUAGAUGCGGCAUACAGUCCAGGAGCUGGCAUCAAGUCUUCAAAAGAUAUUAAAACACAGAAGGAGAUCGACAAUAAUAUUAACCACUCGCAUAGUUCCUCUUUUACUGAAGAAUCUGGCAUUGAGCUACAUAAUCUCCCUAAGCAGUUGCAGGCAGAAGGCAGCUUUGAUUAUAUGGAGGAAUGGUCAGGUGUGGAUUUUAAUCUAGAUUGGUCAAGCCAAAAUUACUUUUCGGGUGAAUUUGAAGAGAAUGUAUUGCCCGAUUCAUGGUUCUCAUACCCUCACAGAGGCUCUAGCUGAAUUGCAUACAAUCACAUCAAUAUUCUGGGGAACUAUAGUUGCAGUUGUAAUCUUUGCCCAUGAAUCCAUGAUAUUACAAACUACAAAGAAGUUUUAAGCAAGACAGAUGCUCCAGUGGCUUACACAGCAUUGCUAUCGUGCCUUAUUUUGGGAAUUCAAAAGACAUAGCAGGAAGUUCCUAGGAUUUAUUUUGAUCAAUUAGGAGACGAGUUGUAAUUUCUCAGAAUAACCAUUUAUUCUGAUGGGAACUGUAUUUUCAUUGUAGAGUUGAUAUUGUUUUAUGAACAUUUGUAGGUAUUA